AUGCAGGAUUGGAAAUUCCAUUUUAGUAUCUUAGCUCUUUGUUUCAUUCAGGGUAUAUCAUGUCAAAGCAUAGUACUAACUCCGACCAAAGCUUACGCCGAUAUAAACGAGACAUUCACGUUAACAUGCACCUAUAUUGGUUACAACAAUGUCGCAGGGACGAAGUGGAAUGUAAAUAACCAGUAUACACCAACAACAAUAAGACAUCAAGAUAAUACUUGUAGUGGUAAUGGAAUCCUCGCUGAUGACAACAUUUACAGAGUUGGUUGUCCAACUGAUACAUCUUUCACCGUAACUAUAUUACGUGUACAACAAGAAGAUGUUAAUAUCCAAUGGCAAUGUUUCGAUAUCCACAGAAAAAGUAAUACUGUUGAAAUAUUAGUAAAAAUUGCUGUUGCAAAAGUAGCACUUUCUGGACCAAGUUUAAGUUUCAUGAAGGAGCAUUCCCGACAAACAAUCAAGUGUAAGACAUCACCUGGUCGACCACAACCAAGAGUAAGUUGGUAUCUCUAUGAAACUAAUGAAAGCGUAAAACAUAAGAUAACUGUAAAUUCGUCACAGAUACUCAAUAAUAGCGAAGAUGGACUUGUAGCUGUCGAAAGUACCUUACAAAUUUACCCAAAUAGAUCGAUAAACAACUGGAUGUUGAGUUGUGAAGCGUGGAUAGACGACGAAACCAGAGCAGUUCAUAGCAAUAGAUUGACUUUGAAUAUUGCUUAUCCCCCGGAGAAACCUGUAAUAAUGGGAUUCACAGACGGUGAAAAAUAUUCACUUAUAGAAUCUGAGAUUGGCAAACUGUCUUGUUCGUCACAUGGCGGAAAUCCACUAGCUAAUUUGACAUGGAAUUGCAACAGUAAACCAACAUCUAUUACCAUUGAAGACAAAACAGUUUCCAGCACUGUUACAUGGUCUGGGGUUCGUGGUCAGUCAUCCUGUCUUUGUAUUUCACAUCAUUCGUGGUCUGGAACUAUGCAAACUACAACUGUAAUGAUUGAUGUUCUUUACCCUCCAAACAAACCAGCAAUGACCAUCAGCAAUAAAACCGUCUCAAACGUUAUUAACGUUAUUUUGAGCAAAAACUUGCAAGUAAAAUGCGAAAGUAAAAGCAACCCACGCUUCAAACUACUACACAUGGACAGGCCCAGCUGA